AUGGCGAGGAAGCUCACUGUAUUGGAAAUUCUUCUGAUCGUCUUCUUCCUGAUUGUACUGGCUGUAGAUAUCUUAUUGCUGAUGCUUUUGUUGGAGAGUAAAGAUCUUGUAUUUGUUCCAGUGUGCCCAGCAAGUCUCCCUGAAUCAGAAAGGAUAGAUUGUGCUCCUGGCCAAGAGGUCACAGAGGAUAUUUGCACCAAGCAUUAUAAAUGCUGCUGGAAUUCUCUGCCAGGAAUCCAUGCACCAAGCUGCUUCUUUCCCAAGAACUGGGGAUAUGAAGUCACUGCUCCAAAACCCACAAACACAGACUUAGGGUUUACUAUCCCAUUGAAGAAAGUAUCAUCCCCAUCUCCUUUUGGAUAUGAUGUCACUGAGGCUCUCUUUACCUUUGAAAGUCAGACUCCCAAUCGUUUACGUUUUAAGAUCACUGAUGCCACCACCAGACGCUACGAAGUUCCUCAGGAAAAUGUCAAGCAGUUUAAUGGGACUCAGAAACCCGUCAACACAAGCUACCUCCUAGAGUUCACUCAAAAACCCUUCAGCAUUGUAGUGAAGAGGGCAGGCAAUGGCAGAAUCUUGUUGAACACAAACAUCGGCCCCCUCCAGUUUUCCCAUCAGUACCUGCAGCUGUCUUUCCUACUGCCCAGCAGCAAUGUCUAUGGGCUUGGAGAGCACGUGCACCAGCAGUUCCGCCAUGACAUGAACUGGAAGACCUGGCCCAUCUUCACCCGGAACAACACCCCCACUCACGAAGUGAAAAAUCUGUAUGGAGCUCAUACCUUCUUCUUGUGCCUUGAAGACACCAACGGCUCCUCCUUUGGUGUGUUCCUGAUGAAUAGCAAUGCCAUGGAGGUCACUCUUCAACCUGCACCUGCGAUCACUUACCGCACGAUUGGGGGCAUUCUUGACUUUUAUGUUUUCCUGGGAAAUACACCAGAGCAAGUGGUUCAGGAAUACCUGGAGCUUAUUGGACGACCAUUCUUGCCUUCGUACUGGAGUCUUGGGUUCCAGCUUAGUCGCAGAAAUUAUGGUGGCCUCACAGAGCUGGAGAAGGUUGUAAACAGAAAUCGUGACACUGGGAUCCCAUAUGAUGUCCAGUAUCUUGACAUUGAUUACAUGGACAAAUUCAAAGAUUUCACUAUUGAUGGAGACAAUUUUGCUGAUCUCUUACCAUUUGUUGAAAAGUUACAUGCUGAAGGACAAAAAUGUGUCAUUAUUCUGAAUCCUGGCAUUUCAAAUCACUCUGACUACCAGCCCUAUAACGAUGGAAAUAGAAAGAAAAUAUGGAUCAUGGGGAACAACGGCUUUGUUGCUGGUCAGGGUUAUCCAGGAUGGACGGUCUUUCCUGAUUAUAGCAACCCGGCUACUACCCAGUGGUGGAAAGAUCAGUUCAGUGAAUUCUAUAAAAACCUGACUUUUGAUGGAGUAUGGAUUGAAAUGGAUGAAUUGGCCAGCUCAGUCUCAAAUUCUGGUCAUCAGUGUGAAGUAAAUGAGUUCAACUUUCCACCUUUCACACCACGUGUUGUGGAGCGAAUCCUUUUCUCAGAUACCUUGUGCAUGGAUGCAGAGUUUCAGGAGGGACUGCACUACAACCUGCACAGCCUGUACGGCUACCUCAUGGCCAUGGCCACAGACUCAGCCAUGAAGAAUAUCUUCCACAAUAGGAGGAGUUUCAUUUUAUCACGUUCUACCUUUGCUGGUUCUGGCAAAUUUGUUGGUCAUUGGUUGGGGGACAAUGCAGCCACAUGGGAUGAUCUUCGAUGGUCCAUCCCAAGUAUUCUGGAGUUCAACCUAUUUGGCAUUCCACUGGUAGGUGCCAACAUCUGUGGUUAUAUGAAUGAUGUCACAGAGGAGCUCUGCACCAGGUGGAUGCAGCUGGGAGCAUUUUAUCCAUUAUCAAGGAAUCACAAUGGUCCUAACUUUGUGGAUCAGGACCCUGCUUCCUUUGGUAGCAACUCUCUGCUGGUGAAUUCAUCCAAACACUAUCUGAACAUCCGCUACACCUUGCUGCCUUAUCUCUACACCCUUUUCUACCAUGCGCAUACCCGUGGGGACACGGUGGCCAGGCCUGUUGUCCAUGAGUUCUACCAGGACCCAGCUACAUGGGAUAUACAUGAGCAGUUCUUAUGGGGACCUGGACUUCUCAUCACACCUGUUUUAUACCAAGGUGUGAACCGUGUGAAAGCAUAUAUACCUGAUGCCACCUGGUAUGACUAUGAGACGGGUGUGGCCAUCCAAUGGAGAAAACAAUGGGUGGAGAUGUCACUACCACAGGAUCAAAUAGGACUUCAUCUUAGAGGCGGUUAUAUAUUUCCCACCCAGCAGCCAAAUAUAACCACAGAAGCCAGCCGGAAGAAACCACUGGGACUCAUUGUGGCCUUGGAUUAUAAGAGAGAAGCAAAGGGAGAACUGUACUGGGAUGAUGGUGUAUCUCUAGAUGCUGUUACCAAAAAUAACUGUAUUCUCUAUGAGUUCUCUGUUGCCUCUAAUCGCCUACAGGCAAGGCUUAUAAAUAAAAAUUGCACAAAUUACAGAGACCCUAACAACCUCCAGUUUACAGACAUCAUAAUUUUGGGAAUGGACAAGGAACCUGCUAGUGUCACUCAUGAAAAUAAUGACGCUCCCUCCAUAAACAAUGUCUACAGUGCUUCAACUAAGGUGCUGAAACUCUUUGAUUUGGCAAUUAUGCUGGGACAAGAAUUCUCCAUUCAGUGGACAUUUCACUUCAGUGACAUGGAGAAGUUCGAUUGCUACCCUGAGGAUCCCAAUGUCCUCAAGGAAAACUGUGAGAGUCGUGGAUGUCUUUAUGAGUCCACGAAUGCUCCUGGUGUGCCGAGCUGUUACUACGACACCAUCCCUCGAUAUGCUGCCAGUAACAUUCAGUACCUGCUGGGGGUUAUCAGCGCACAGCUUGCCUCCCUGAGACCCCAGGAGCCUGUACAAGCAGCGCCACCACCAGCAGCAGCUGCCACCUCAGAACCUCUCUCUGCAAAGAUCCCACUCCUCAAUGUGAGCGUGAUAUAUCACACAGAGAGCAUGCUGCAGUUCAAGAUCUAUGAUCCCAAUAAUAGAAGGUAUGAGGUCCCUGUGCCUCUGAACACUCCUCCCUCUCCGGUUGGCUCCCCUGAAAACUGUUUGUAUGAUGUCAGUAUUCUGAACAAUCCUUUUGGAAUCCAGAUUCGACGAAAAAGCUCCAACACUGUGAUCUGGGACUCUCAGCUCCCAGGCUUUACCUUCAAUGACAUGUUCCUGUCCAUUUCCACUCGUCUCCCCUCAACAUACAUCUAUGGCUUUGGGGAAACCGAGCACUCGGCUUUCAAAAGAAAUUUAAAUUGGACCACCUGGGGGAUGUUUGCUCGAGAUGAGCCCCCGAAGUACAGAAGUAAUUCCUAUGGUGUCCAUCCCUACUACAUGGCACUGGAGGAGGAUGGCAGUGCCCAUGGAGUGCUUCUGCUGAAUAGCAAUGCCAUGGAUGUGUCAUUCCUGCCAACACCUGCCCUGACAUACCGCACCACUGGAGGAAUUUUGGACUUUUAUAUGGUCUUGGGCCCAACUCCAGAGCUUGUCACUCAGCAAUACACUGAGUUGAUUGGUCGUCCAGCGAUGGUUCCAUAUUGGGCCUUGGGAUUCCAGCUGAGUCGUUAUGGGUACCAGAACGAUGCUGAGAUCUCCAGUUUGUAUGAUCAGAUGAAGGCAGCACAGAUCCCUUAUGAUGUCCAGCAUGUCGACAUUGACUACAUGGACCGGAAGUUAGACUUCACUCUUAGCCCGAGCUUUCAAAACCUUGGUGUCCUGAUGGGGAAGAUGAGGAAGGACGGCAUGAGGUUUAUCCUCAGUCUGGAUCCAGCCAUCUCUGGGAAUGAGACCCAGUAUCUCCCCUUCACCCGCGGGCAGGAAAAUAAUGUGUUCAUCAAAUGGCCCGACAGUAAUGAUAUCAUCUGGGGAAAGGUUUGGCCAGAACUGCCCAAUGUAAAUGUGGACGGAUCCCUUGAUCAUGAAACUCAGGUUAAGUUGUACAGAGCCCAUGUGGCAUUUCCUGACUUCCUGCGCACCAGCACACCUGCAUGGUGGAAACAAGAGAUACAAGAGCUCUACGCAAAUCCUCGUGCUCCAGAGAAGAGCUUGGAGUUUGAUGGGCUGUGGAUUGCUAUGAAUGAGCCGUCAAACUUUGUGGAUGGAUCUGUUCAGGGCUGCAGGAAUAAAAAUCUUAAUAAGCCACCUUAUAUACCAUAUCUGGAAUCUAGGGACAAGGGCCUCAGCAACAAGACCCUGUGCAUGGAGGGACAGCAGAUGCUGAUCGAUGGCUCCCCUGUGCGACACUACGAUGUGCACAGCCUCUAUGGGUGGUCCCAGACCAGACCCACCUAUGAAGCUGUGCAGGAGGUGACAGGACAACGAGGGGUUAUCAUCACCAGCUCCACAUUCCCUUCUUCUGGACGCUGGGGAGGACACUGGCUGGGAAACAACAGAGCUGAAUGGGACCAACUGAAGAAAUCGAUCAUUGGCAUGAUGGAGUUCAGUCUCUUUGGAAUACCUUAUACAGGAGCAGAUAUUUGUGGAUUCUUCGGAGAUGCUGACUAUGAGAUGUGUGUGCGCUGGAUGCAGCUGGGAGCCUUUUAUCCUUUUUCCAGGAACCACAACAACAUUGGGGCAAAGAGACAAGACCCUGUAGCCUGGAACUCCACCUUUGAAAAAUACUCAAAAACUGUCCUGCAAAUCAGAUACACUCUUCUGCCCUACUUCUACACACUGAUGCAUAAGGCUCACGUUGAGGGCAGCACCGUCAUCCGGCCCCUUCUCCAUGAGUUUACAGGUGACAAUGCAACGUGGGAUAUUGAUGAUCAGUUCAUGCUGGGCCCUGCCAUCUUAAUCAGUCCCGUGCUACAAAGUUACACUUCCACAGUCAACGCUUACUUUCCCAGAGCCCGUUGGUAUGAAUACAGCACGGGAUCUGGCAGCCAGUCAGUGGGUGAGAGAAAGACCCUGGAGGCUCCUCUGGGGCACAUCAACCUUCACAUCAGAGGAGGCUACAUCUUGCCCUUUCAAGAGCCAGCAGUGAACACUUACUUAAGCCGACGGAAUCAGAUGGGAUUGAUUGUUGCCUUGGAUGUGAAUAGGGAAGCUGAGGGUCAAAUGUUCUGGGAUGAUGGACAAAGCAUUGACACAUACGAAAAUGGAAAUUAUUUCUUGGCAAACUUUACAGCAACUCAGAACAGAUUGAUAAUCCAGACUAUAUAUAAUAAUUAUCUGAGUGACUCAAACCCACUGAAUGUUGGGUGGAUUAAAGUCUGGGGGAUAACUCCUUCUACUGUGGCACAAGUUACUCUCAUCUAUAACAACCAACCAUCUGUGGUGACUGACUUUGAGAGCAACCCUUACAAUCAGACACUACUAAUCCAACUGAAAGACAAGAAUAUAAGUCUGGAAAAGUUAAGUAGAGUUGAAUGGAUUCAUGGUCUUACAACAACUGCCAUCCCAACAAGUUCUCUCCAUACUUCUCUAUCUACUGCUGAGACAGUGACCACUUCUGAGACUAAUAUCACUAGUUCUGGUACAAUAAUUACUACUACUCUUGUCAGCACCACUGUACCUCUUACCACUACAAGCACUCCAUUCCCAGAAAAUAGUACUAUAGAAAUCACAGCUAGUACUCCUGACACAGCUAGUACUCCUGACCUCACCUCAAUGACUAUGAUACCUGACACCUCAGCUACUACCACAGAAAUUAUUACUUCUACCAGCAUAGGAACUACUACCACCAAAGAAACUACUCUACCUACCACUAUGGAAAAUACAGUCCCUACUACCACAGAAACUACUACGCCUACAAGCAUAGUAACUACUGCACCUACCACCACAGAAACUAUUACUUCUGCAAGCACAGAAUAUACUACAUUUACUACAAUAAUAACUUCUGCAUCUAUCAACACAGAAACUACUACACCUACAAGCAUAGGAAAUACUUCACAAAGCACUGUAGGAACUACUGUACCUACAGUCACAGAUAAUACUAUAGUUACCACCACAGAAAGUAGUACAUCAACAACCACAGAGGCUAUUACACCUACUAUCACAGGGAUUACUCUACCUACUACCUCAAAAAAGACUACACUUGUCACCACAGAAAAUGUUCCACUUACCACCACAGAAGCUACUACACCUGCCACCAUGGGAGUUACUGCACCCACUAGCUCAGAAAAUGCUACACAGAUCACCACAGAAAAUAAUACAUCGAUCACCACAGGUUCAGCUACACCUACCACCAUAGGAAUUACUACAUCUGUUAUCACAGAAAAUGCUACAGAUACCACCAGAGUGACUACUACAUCUAUCACCACAGGUACUAUUACACAUACCACCAUAGGAACUAGUGUAUCUACUAUCACAGAAAAUAGUGCAUUUACUUCCACAGAAACUUUUAUACCUACAACCAUACUAACUGCUAUACCUACCACUACAGAAACUAUUACACCUCCCUACACAACUAGUAUAUCUACCACCACAGAAAAUACUACACACACUACCACAACAUCUACUAUGUCUACCACCAGAACAAUUACUAUACCUACUUUCACAACUAGUAUACCCAACAUACCCACUUUUACAACUAGUAUACCCAACAUACCAAGUACUACAUCUACUAGCAAAGGAACUACUAUCCCUUCUUUCACAACUAGUACACCUACUACAACAGCAACUACAUUCACUACCACAGCAACUAUUACACCUUCUUUCACAAUUAAUACACCUAGCACAGAAGCUACUACAUCUACUACCACAGAAACUACUACAUCUUCUUUCACAAUUGGUACACCUAGAACAGAAGCUGCUACAUCUACUACCACAGCAACUACUACAUCUUCUUUCACAAUUGGUACACCUAGCACAGAAGCUGCUGCAUCUACUACCACAGCAACUACUACAUCUUCUUUCACAAUUAAUACACCUAGCACAGAAGCUGCUGCAUCUACUACCACAGGAACUGCUACAACUUCUUUCACAAUUAAUACACCUAGCAUAGAAGCUGCUAUAUCUACUACCACAUCAACUAUUACACCUUCUUUCACAACUAGUACACCUACGACAACAGCAGUUACACCUCCUACCACAGCAACUAUUAUACCUUCUUUCACAGUUGAUACACCUAGCACAGAAGUUACUACAUCUGCUACCACAGCAACUGUUACACCUUCUUUAACAAUUAAUACACCUAGCACAGAAGCUACUACUUUUACUACCAAAUCAACUAUUACACCUUCUUUUACAACUAGUGCACCUACCACAACAGCUAUUACACCUCCUACCACAUCAACUACUACACCUUCUUUCACAACUAGUACACCUAUCACAACAGCAAUUAUACCUCCUACCACAGCAACUAUUACACCUUCUUUCACAAUUGAUACACCCAGCACAGAAGUUGCUACAUCUACUACCACAACAACUAUUACACCUUCUUUCACAACUAGUAUACCUAUCACAACAGCAAUUACAUCUACUACCACAGCAACUAUUACACCUUCUUUCACAAUUAAUACACCUAGCACAGAAUCAACUACAUCUCCUGCCACAGCAACUACUAUACCUUCUUUCACUAUUAAUACACCUAGCACAGAAACUACAUCUAAUACUAGAACUACUAUCCCUUCUUUCACAACUAGUAGACCUACCACAACAACUACAUCCAUCACAGCAACAAUUACACCUUCUUUCACAAUUAAUACACCUAGCACAGAAGUUACUAUACCUGCUAGCACAGGAACUACUACGUCUUCUUUCACAAUUAAUACACCUAGCACAAAAACUACUACCUUUACUAUCACAGCAACUACUACAUCUUCUUUCACAACCAAUACACCUAGCACAGAAGCUACUACAUCUACUACCAUGGGAACUACUACAUCUUCUUUCACAAUUGAUACACCUAGCACAGAAGCUACUACAUUUACUACCACAGCAACUACUACAUCUUCUUUCACAAUUGGUACACCUAGCACAGAAGCUGCUACAUCUACUACCACAGCAACUACUACAUCUUCUUUCACAACUGAUACACCUAACACAGAAGCUGCUACAUCUACUACCACAGCAACUACUACAUCUUCUUUCACAAUUGAUACACCUAACACAGAAGCUGCUGCAUCUACUACCACAGCAACUACUACAUCUUCUUUAACAAUUAAUACACCUAGCACAGAAGCUGUUACAUCUACUACCACAGCAACUACUACACCUUCUUUUACAACUAGUGCACCUACCACAACAGCUAUUACACCUCCUACCACAGCAAUUAUUACACCUUCUUUCACAAUUAAUACACCUAGCACAGAAGCUACUACAUCUACUACCACAGCAACUACUACAUCUUCUUUCACAAUUGAUACACCUAACACAGAAGCUGCUGCAUCUACUACCACAGCAACUACUACAUCUUCUUUCACAAUUAAUACACCUAGCACAGAAGCUGCUGCAUCUACUACCACAGCAACUACUACAUCUUCUUUCACAAUUAAUACACCUAGCACAGAAGCUGCUGCAUCUACUACCACAGCAACUACUACAUCUUCUUUCACAGUUAAUACACCUAGCACAGAAGCUACUACAUCUACUACCAUGGGAACUACUACAUCUUCUUUCACAAUUGAUACACCUAGCACAGAAGCUGCUGCAUCUACUACCACAGGAACUACUACAUCUUCUUUCACAAUUAAUACACCUAGCACAGAAGCUACUACAUCUACUACCACAACUACUAUCCCUUAUUUUACAACUAGUACACCUGCCACGACAGCUACUACAUCUACUUCCACAACAACUAUUAUACCUUCUUUCAUAACUAGCAUACCUACCACAGAAGCUACUACAUCUACUCUUCAAAUUACUAUCCCUUCUUUCACAACUAGUAUACUUACCACAACAGCUACUACUUAUACAUAUAAAUCAAUUUUCCCCGAAACAACUACAAUACAUACCACUGCAUAAACUAGUAUCCCUCCUUACAUAUCUAAUAAUAUAUCUACCACCACAGAAAUUACUGCACAGCCCACCACAACAGUUACUACUUCUAUGGCAGCUAUUAUACCUUCUUACACAACUAAUAUGUCCAUCAAAACAGCUACCGCACCUAGUAGCACAGAAACUACUUCAUCUAGCUCUGUAAAGAACACAACUACCUACACAGAAAUUACUACACCUAACCCUAUAUGUAUAUACAUACUAGAUACAUAGAAAAUAUUACACCAUCAUGACUUAAACUGUAAAGCCACAACAACUACUACAAGCACAGCACAAUAACUACUACAUAUACCAUAGAAACAUCACAUAUAUCACUGUUUAAACUAUUACACACCACCACAGGAACUGGCCAUCACCUACAAAUCACUACACCUAACCCUACAAAACUACUGCAUCUACUACUGUAACUAUGACUAGUACUACUAGUGUUAAUCAUCCUGCCACAACUGGUCCUGUCAAAAGCAUCACCAUUCCUAUGACUAAGCCUCAGUUUCUGAUAUACCUUCCUCUGUUCUAUCACCAU